AAACAACUGAAAUGAAUUUCAUAAAAUAUAUAUAAAUAGACGUUUUUAAUCGGGCAUUGACUUAGAUUGUCUGCGUCCUUAUGCUGCAACAUCUUACAUUUAUAGCUAACAAAGAUAUUCAGAAACAAGCAACUACCAUGAAAAGUAUAUAUUACAUCAACGCCGUUUGCUUGCUGAUUCUCAGUUACUCUGGUCAGAUUAACGGACGAGCACUAUUUGCACCAAAUCAACCAACGUUAGCACCAAAUCAACCAACGUUUGCUCCAAAUCAACCAACGUUUGCACCAAAUCAACCAACGUUUGCUCCAAAUCAACCAACGUUUGCACCAAAUCAACCAACGUUUGCACCAAUUCAACCAACGUUUACACCAAUUCAACCAACAUUUGCACCGAAUCAACCAACCUUUGCACCAAAUCAACCAACAUUCGGACCAAAUCAACCAACAUUUGCUCCAUAACAAGGAAGAUUUAGACAACAUAAUAUAUCGUUCGAGAGCAUUAUAUCUAUCCUAUAAAAAUAUGUUUUCUGUGUCACGCCAAAUAUGUAUUUGUUUUCAGUGACUACUUAUAUUCAAGAAUAUCAAAAAAAAUGGGCACUAAUACAUACUUUUCAACCGUUAGCUUCAUGUUCUUUUAGUCACAUUGUAUUUAUUUGCCGCCAUCGUAAAUCAGUGUUAAACCUUUACCAUAAGUUCUGCAAACUUAUAUGGAUAAUUUACUUCUGUUGGUUCUUGUUCAGACAAUAAUGCGUCGUUGUUAAGAUUAUAUUGUCAAAAUAAUACAAUUUUAUUACUUGGAACGAAGUCAAUAAAAAUGUUAACCAGAGCUGUACACUAUAAUCGUUUUUCGAUUUUUUUUUAGAUUAGGCGCUCGCUGAACUAUUCAAUUUGACUUGUAAAACCGUCGUUGAUGUCUAAUAAUUCAGCGGGUUCUACACGAAAUUCUUUGAAUGAGUCCCAACUCCCAAUUACUUUUUGAUAGUCCCAGGGAGUUGGAUCAAACGGACGUUUCCCAUGGUUCAGCCUGGUUAUCCGGAUAUCAAGUUGGAAUCGUGACAACUUAAAGAGUGCUUGGGAAAUAGAAAUCAUGUGUUAGGUUGUCGGAAGUCUUUCAUAUUUAAGCUUAGCCGAGUGGGUGACGGGUCUUAAAUCUUCAAUUGAUACAAAUUUGGUAAAUGAACGAGAAAUGAGAAUCCUCUGCAUUUAGUCGAAGAUUUCGUUUAUAACUGAACGAUCUUAAAGACGUUAAUUCAAUCACGCCCAAUAAAUUGCAAAAGUAGUCGGGUUUUUUGUAGAUUACACUAGCAUGAUAUAUUCACGAACGCUGUCUGCCUAGAUAUAGCAAAAUAAAAUAGAGAAACACAACUUAAUUGUAUUCUAUCUUAAUUGUAUUCUAAGAUACUACUGGAUGAUAAAGCAAAAGAAGAAAAACUGAAUAUAUAUGGAAAUUCUCAUGGUAGAAAGAAUAAACAGUGUAAGCAAAUAAAAAUUUGAAGAUCUGUUCACAAUCUCAUUGGAAACCGAAACGGAACAAAAAAUAUUUAUAUAAUCGUUUGCACAUUUUCAGCAGUAUAGUGCUUCCGCCGAAGAAAUAGAAGCUUAAUUAAGUUUGCGAUGAUCACAGCCCUGAAACAGGAGAUCUGAAAACGGGCUAUGUAUCAGAUUAUUAAUUUGCCUAUCUGACUUAAGGGAGCAUUCAAAAUAAUAAGAAGACGAGCUACUACGCUUGCAAGUUAACUAAACACGAAUGAACAUAUUGAAUUCGACAUUAGAAUAAUUAGAAAGAAUUCUACGAAUCCUGUUGGUGAAAAUUUUUUUUUUUU